CAGCGGAAGCAGCACCUCCACCGCCGCACGCCUUGCAAGCAUUCGCCUCGCGCAUCGGCAUCGCCCCUCCUCGUACGCGCCACCACCACUACCAGCACGUGCGACCGCGAGAGGGAGUUGGCGGCGAGGACCGGGACGGAGGAAGGAACCAAACCCUACGACACGACCGCCGGCGGCGAGCUGUGAGGACGUCGACGUCGUUCACCGGCGACCGCCUCCAACGACUCUCCGCCUCCAACGACUCCAGCUCCUCAUGGGUCCCAGCGCGAUGAGGAUGAGGGCGUCCUCGUCGACCGGCUUGAAGGCGAUCGUGGCAUCGACCUGGUUGGCCUUGCUGCUCGGUUCGGGCUCCCUAGCCGCCUCCGACGACGCAGGAUUCUCGCCGCCGCCGACCGCCGUACCAGCGGGUCCGCCGCGCCCGGCACUCCGCGCCGUCGCCACCGGCCUGCCCGUGCCCGUGCCCGUGCCAGCUCCGCUGCCCCGCAAGAUCCUCCGGCCGUCAGGCGUCGCCGGCGGCAGCAGCGGAGGAGCAGGAGGCCCGGUGCGGCCGAGCCGGAUGGACGAGGGGUGCGCGGGCGCGGAGGACAUCGCCAUCUUCCAGGGCCACGCGUCGUCGCUGCCGGGCGGGGUGCCGGCGUACAAGGUGGACGUGAUCAACCAGUGCCUGGGCGACCUGGACGGCGGCGACUGCGCGAUCGCGGGCAUCCACGUGCGGUGCGGGUGGUUCAGCUCGGUGAGCCUGGUGGACCCUCGCAAGUUCAGGCGCCUGGGCCACGACGACUGCCUCCUCAACGACGGCCGACCACUGCUCGGCGGCGAGACCAUCUCCUUCGAGUACGCCAACUCGUUCCCGUACGAGCUCUCCGUCCGCGUUGCCACCUGCGUCGACCCCACCACCACACCGUAGGCCGUACGCGCAGCACGCGAUAGGCAUACUUACUACCACAGUGCCACGAGUAUUAUAAUACACAGUAUCUAGAACAAGUCAGUUGCAGCAGUAGGACAGUGCAAGGCAGUUCUUUGGUUCUUCGCAUGGGUGGGGAGCCAAGGGCCCCGGAUCCAAAUGUAAUUAGCUGGUGGUUGGGUGAUUUUGUUGGAUCGGGCGCGCGAGGGAGCGGCGGGGACUCCGCGUUUUGUUUUUGCCGAAGCUCCAAGGUAUGUGUACAUGAAUGAACAUGACACACGGAUCGAGCGGUGAAAGAUUUGGAUGCGAGAUGUGUGAAAUUUCUGGGCAACCAGGCCGGCCUGCUGUAAUGGCAAAGCUUUGUUUCAGCUGGUAGGACUAGUACUAUAGCAAGCGAGUGCUUUUCGUGUUUGUUGGCGUUGCAGCACCGGAUGUGGUUGCUGCCUUGCUGGUAAAAGGAAGCGAGUGCUUUUCGUUUUUGUUGGCAUUGCUUUGCUUUCUUCUUUUGGUUUUCUGUGCCUGCUGGCUGUUGCCGUGCCUUGUUUGCUUGCUCGCACAUGUGAAAGAUUCGAGCUGUUCUGG